AACUCCAUAUAUUAUCAUUCUCUUACAACCCCAUUUAUAGAGACGUACUAUUCACAGCAAUAAGGCAAUUAAAUUAGUUACCUUGAAACUUCAUUACUUAGCGAUCUAGCUUCAAAUUAAACAUUAUUCAUCACUUUUUGCCGUUAAUAUAUAUACCCAGUGUACGUAUAACAUAAAGAAAAAUGUUGAAGAUUGAACGAAGGCCGUCUCAGAUUCAAGCUCCCACUUAUGGGAACCUUGUCACCAUUCUUAGCAUCGAUGGCGGUGGCAUUCGAGGACUUAUUCCUGCAACCAUCCUCGCUUACCUCGAGUCUCAACUUCAGGAGUUGGACGGAGAAGAUGCAAGACUAGCGGAUUACUUCGACGUGAUAUCAGGAACGAGCACAGGCGGGCUUGUGACCGCCAUGUUGACCGCUCCCGGCGAGAAUGACCGCCCCCUUUAUGCCGCUAGAGAUAUCAAGCCAUUCUACCUCAACCAUUGUCCCAACAUUUUCCCACAAAAGAGAGGAUGGAUUAGUGCAAUAUGGAAGUUGAUUGGGUCGGUGUUUUGGCCCAAAUACGAUGGCAAGUACCUGCAUAAUCUCGCCAAGGACAAGUUGAAGCAAAUUCGCCUAAAAGACACACUUACCAAUAUUGUCAUCCCAACUUUUGACAUCAAGACUUUGCAACCUGUCAUCUUCUCCACUUACGAGGCUAAGAAAUCCCCAUCAUGGGAUGCAAAUUUGUGCGACAUUUGCAUUGGCACUUCGGCCGCUCCUACCUAUCUUCCUGCUCAUUAUUUCAAGACCGAAGAUACCCACAAAGGGACAAUCAAAGAGUACAAUCUAAUCGACGGCGGCGUUGCUGCAAACAAUCCCACAUUGGUAGCCAUGUCACAAGUGACGAAGCAGAUAUUUGACAACAACCCGGACUUCUUCCCCAUCAAGCCCAUGGAUUACGGGCGAUUUCUGGUGAUAUCCUUAGGGACGGGCGCCGCGAAGAACGAGAAGAAGUACGACUCCAAGCAGGCGGCCAAGUGGGGAAUUCUGGACUGGCUGCUUCACAAGAGCUCAACGCCUUUGAUUGAAGUGUUCUCCCAGUCCAGUGCUGACAUGGUGGAUUUGCACAAUACUGUGGUUUUCAAGGCUCUCCACUGCGAGGACAGUUAUCUAAGAAUUCAAGAAGACGCCCUGAACGGAACGGAAUCUUCCGUGGACGUGGCCACUAAGGAAAACUUGGAAAGGCUGGUUGAAAUAGGAGAAAAACUUUUGAAAAAACCCGUUUCUAGGGUGAAUAUGGUCAGUGGUGUCACCGAACCAAUUCCAAAUGCAGGCACAAACGAGGACGCUCUCAAAAGGUUUGCGAAGUUACUAUCAGAGGAAAGGAGACUUAGAGAAAUGAGGUCACCACUCACCAACAAAGGCUUGGACAAAGGAGCCCAUCCAAUUAAGUUGGGAUGAUAUAUGGUUGAUGAGGCCGGCCACUGUACCACUUGAUCCGACAUCUUAAGCAAAAAUUAACAACACAAAGAUUUGGUGAAUGCAUGGGAAUAAAUAUUAUACUCCGUAAUUAUUUAUGAUUGUGAGAUUAAAUCUUAUAAUAAUCAGUGCGUGUAUUACAUAUCAACAUUCGAUUUGUUUGUGCACAUAUGUAUUUAGUUUUGAGGUGUUAUUCUUUCAAUAAGUUGAACUCUUAAUUUGUUUAAUUGUGUGAUUGGAUCAUUCCAUUUGAUGCACUACAAUUUACUUCGUAUUGGAGUAUUUAUGUUAUUCAGAUUAUUAAAUAAUACUACAAUCU